AUGUCCUCCGAAGACGAGUCUGCUUUUGAGGUCUCCGACGGCUCCGACUUUGAGGCGGAGCCCGUCACGAAGAAGCCAGCUGCGAAAGCUUCAACCCUUAAGAAACCUGCAGCCCCGAAACGUGCAGCGAAGAAGAAAGAGCCGCUACAACAAGUUCACAACGACAGUUUUGUCCGUGACGACGAGGAUACCAUCAUGAGCGACGCAUCAGCACCGCUUGCGAAGGUGGCCAAGGCCGCGCCAGGCAGCGCGACCGACAAGUACCAGCGACUCACUCAGCUUGAGCACAUCCUCAAGCGUCCCGACACCUACAUUGGCUCCGUUGAGCGGGACUCGAAACACAUGUGGGUCUUCAACUCGACAACCGAGUCCAUGGAAAUGCGCGAAGUCAGUUUCGUGCCCGGUCUUUACAAGAUCUUCGACGAGAUCCUCGUCAACGCCGCCGACAACAAGCAGAACGAUAAAAACAUGAACGAGAUCAGGGUCAAGAUUGACCGCAUCUCGGGGGAAAUCAGCGUCAAGAACAACGGCAAGGGUAUCCCCAUCGAGAUCCACAGCAAAGAAGGCAUCUACAUCCCAGAGCUGAUUUUUGGUCACUUGCUCACGUCAUCCAACUACGAUGACAACCAACAGAAGGUCACCGGAGGCCGGAAUGGUUACGGAGCCAAGCUUUGCAACAUUUUCAGCACAGAGUUCAGCCUGGAAACCGCCGAUUCUCGUGUUGGGAAGAAGUACAAGCAGACGUGGACGGAAAACAUGGCAAAAUGCGGCAAGGCCAAGAUCACAUCACACAAGGGUGAUGACUACACCAUGGUUUCCUUCAAGCCCGACUUCGCCAAGUUUGGUAUGGAGGGCAUGGACGAUGACUUUGAGGCUCUCUCCAAACGCCGUGUUUACGAUCUUGCGGGGACGUGCAAGGGCGUCAAGGUAUACCUCAACGGAGAACGUAUCAAGAUCCGGACCUUCAAAGACUACAUGAAGAUGUACACCAAGGCGAUCAAGUCUGAGCAGAUUGCCAGCGGAGCCAGCGGCGAGGCUGAGAAGGAAGUCAUCCUCACGGACAACCCGGACGAGAGGUGGGAGAUUGGCUUCGCUGUGUCCGACGGUUCGUUCCAACAAGUCUCGUUCGUGAACUCAAUUGCGACGACAGCAGGCGGUACCCAUGUUGGCUACAUUGCGGAUCAAAUCGUCAACAAGCUCACGGACAUUAUCAAGAAGAAGAACAAAGGCGGCUUCCAGUUGAAGCCCCAACACCUGAAAAAUCACAUAUUUCUCUUCGUCAACUGUCAGGUUGUCAACCCAGCCUUUACCUCGCAAACGAAGGAGCAGAUGACCACAAAGGUUAGCCAAUUCGGAAGCAAAUGUUCGGUCUCGGACACCUUUUUGAAGGCCAUCGCCAAAACCGAGGUUGUCAACAACAUUCUGCACUUUGCUCAGCAGAAAGCGGAUCAAGUGCUAAAGAAGUCGGAUGGUGGAAAAAGGACGCGCAUGAACCACUCCAAGUUGACGGAUGCGAACAGGGCUGGCACCAAGGAUGGCCACAAAUGUACCCUGAUCCUGACAGAGGGUGAUUCAGCCAGUUUGCUCGCCUUGGCUGGACGCGCAACCGUCGACCCGGACUUGUUCGGAGUCUUCCCGCUUCGAGGAAAGAUGCUCAACGUGCGUGACGCCUCAAUUGACCAGAUUUCCAAGAACCAAGAAAUCCAGAAUAUCAAGAAGUUCAUCGGUCUUCAGCACAAAAAAGAGUACACGGAAGUGAAGAGUCUCCGCUAUGGACACAUCAUGAUCAUGACCGAUCAGGAUCAUGAUGGAAGUCACAUCAAGGGUUUGCUUAUCAAUUUCCUGCAGGUGCAGUUCCCCAGCCUGCUCAAGAUCGAAGGCUUCCUCUUGGAGUUCAUUACUCCGAUCGUCAAGGUUUGGAAGGGCGACCCCAAGCAUCCAAAACAACUCAAGUCUUUCUUCACGAUGCCGGAGUACGAAGAGUGGAAGAGGGAUCCUACGCAUCAGAAAGGUUGGGAUCACAAGUACUACAAGGGUUUGGGUACAAGCAAACCCGAAGAUGCUAUCGAAUACUUCCAGGACCUGGAUAGACACUUGAAGGAAUUUCACACAAUGAAGGACCAAGAGGCGGAACUCAUCGAUCUUGCCUUUUCAAAGAAAAAAGCCGACGCUCGUAAGGAAUGGCUGCGGAACUUCGUGCCCGGAACUUACCUGGACAUGUCAGCCCCGAAGAUUUCGUACGAUGACUUCGUCAACAAGGAGUUGAUUCUCUUCAGCAUGGUCGACAAUCUCAGAUCCAUUCCCUCAGUCAUUGACGGUUUCAAGCCUGGCCAACGCAAAGUCUUGUAUACCUGUUUUAAGAGAAAUCUUAGAAAGGACAUCAAAGUCAACGAACUUGCUGGUUUCGUAGGAGGCUUGACGAACUACGCGUACGGCGAUGCCUCUCUCCAGCAGACAAUUGUCGGUCUCGCGCAGAACUUCGUCGGCUCCAACAACAUCAACCUUCUGGAGCCUAGCGGCAACUUCGGCUCUCGUAUCCAAGGUGGCAGUGAUGCUGCUAGUGCUCGUUAUAUUUAUACGAGACUUUCGCCCCUCGCUCGCAAGAUCUUCCAUGUGGCAGACGAGCCGCUCCUCGAGCACGACCAGGAUGACGGAAAGCCGAUCGAGCCGACCAUGUACGUACCGAUCCUUCCGAUGAUCCUUGUCAAUGGUGCAGACGGUAUCGGUACCGGUUGGAGUUCUUCGAUUCCCAACUAUAAUCCCAAGGAAAUUGUCGAGAACCUGAGGCGUAGGAUGGUAGGAGGCAAGGAGGACAUGGUUCGCAUGAAGCCUUGGUUCAAGAGUUGGGAUGGCGUGAUCGAGGAUAUGGGCGGUGACCGCUACAAGUUCACGGGUAACAUCACGCAGACGGGUGACCUCGAAGUGGAGAUAUCGGAACUGCCGAUUCGCGUCUGGACCCAAGAUUUCAAGGACAAGCUCGAGGAAAUCAUCAAGGGUGACAAGUCUCCCUCUUUCAUCAAGGACUACAGUGAAUACCACACACUGACAAAGGUUCGAUUCAUCAUCAAAAUGUCGGACCAGAAGGCAAUGGCUACGGCUCUUGAGAUGGGUUUGGAGGAGCGUUUCAAACUUUACAAGAGCAUGGCAACCUCAAACCUCGUUGCAUUCGAUCAUGAAGGCCGUAUUCACAAGUAUGCCACCGAGCUGGACAUUCUGGAGGAGUUCUACAUUCAUCGGCUCAAGUACUAUGAGAAGCGCAAGCAGAACUUGCUCGAUGAGAUGCAAAAGGAGCUUGAGAAGCUAAGCAACCAGUCGCGAUUUAUCAAGAUGAUCAUCGACGGCAAACUUGUGGUGGCGAAGAAGAAGAAGGCUGCUCUUGUGGCGGAACUCAAGAAGCUAGGUUUCAAGCCAAUUCCUAAGAACGAAGCGAAACGGCAGGGAGAAGAGGAAGAGUUCUUGGAGGAGGAAGAUUCUGAUGAGCCAGGCGCGAAUGAUUACGAUUAUUUGCUGGGAAUGGCUAUUUGGUCUCUCACGCAGGAGCGGGUUGAGAAACUCCUCAGGCAAAUUGGCGACAAGGAGCUGGAGAUCGAUGUCCUCAUCAAGAAGUCACCCAAAGAUCUCUGGAACGAAGACUUGGAGGCCUUUGUCGAGGAGUAUGACAAUGUCCUUGCAUUCGAAGCGAACGAGGCGAAGAAAGCCCGCAAUACCAAGGGAAGACGCGCAUCGGCUAAGCUCCGUAUUGGCGGGGCAGGCAAGGGUGCUAAGAAACGCAAGGCCGAUGAUAGUGAUGCGAUGAGCGACGAGGACUUCGAGGUCAAGCCCAAGAAGAAGGCUGCACCGAAGCAGAGCAGCGUCCUUACGAGCUACUUCUCAAAGUACAAUGACAAUGCAACGAACAAGGAUAACGACAACGAGUCGGAGAAGGCAAAGGCUGCAGAGCCGAAAGCGAAGGCAGCGCAGCCGAAGAAGACGAACCUUCUUUCGAGCUACAUGGCUAAGCAUGGACAGCUGAACGACAAGGACGACUUGGACUCAGUCAUGGACAUUGACGAUAGCCCAAGCACUGCAGAUGGAGAAAAAUCAGAGGAACAAUCAACGACAGCUUCGGCGGCAUCCAAAGACAAAGCUACUUCUGGCACCAAGGCCACAGCCAAAACAAAGACAGCGCAGCUCUCUGAAGACGAUAGCGAAGAUGACGUUUUCGAGGACGUUCCAUCACAGCCUGUCGCCAAAACCUCGAAGCCUGCUGCGAAGCCUGCUGCGAAACCUGCUGCAAAGCCCGCCGCAAAGCCCGCCGCAAAGCCCGCUGUCAAGCCUGCCGCCAAGCCCAAGAAGACGGUUGUGCUCAGCGAGGACGAGGGAGACGAGCUGGACGAGACUCCGCCGAAAUCAAAGGCCAAGUCUUCCACUAGCGUGAGGAAUGCCGGAAAGGCUAAGAAGACGGUAGUCAGCGACAACAGCGAGGAUGAUGACCUAGAGGAGGCUCCGACUAAGCCAAAAUCCAAGGCUACGGCGAGCUCAAAGGCACCUUCAAAAGCAAAGAAGGUGGUCAGUGAUGAUAGUGACGAUGAGGACGUCUUCGCAGCUGUUGCUAAGGAGACGAAGGCGGAGGCGACGCGCAAGCCCCGUGCCGCAGCGGCAAAGAAGACUACAUACGUCCUGUCGGACUCGGAUAGCGAUGAAGAGAUGGCCGACGAUGGGCUCGGUGACGUUAGUAACUUAGUCAAGGGCAUUGGGGGACCGGCCGGAGCGUCUGGCCGUCAGCUCUUCUCUGCGUCGAAGGCGCGGAGCAAGGGCGCUGGCCUUUCCACUGUCGCAGUUGGCAGGACUAGGCCAUCCCUUGAAGAUUCGGACCAUGACGAAUCUCAGACGGACUACACGCUUCUCGCGCCGCAGCUGUCGCCUCAGAGGCAAAUCCCACGAACUGCGAACGAAACGAUCCUGUCGGACGACGAAAUAGAUGUGGAAGCUGAGCCCCCAGCAAAGCCAGCGGCCAAGGGGCGUGGCAACAAGAACACGGUGGCGAAGGCGAAGGCGGGUGCCACGAAGGCGGCACCCAAGGCAGCAUCCAAGGCGGCGCAGAAGCCGAAGACGCUGAGUCCGGCUGCAAAGGCGUAUGCCAAGGGACGUCCGGCCAGGACUGCGGCUGCCAAGAAGUACGUCAUUGAGGAUGACGAUGAAGAGGACGAGGACGAAGAUGGCUCGGAAGCUAGCGAGGACGACUUUGAUGACGAUGACAGCGAGUAG